AUGCGCUUUUUACAGAGAAGCUUACGCCCCGUUUACGCGCCCUUGCUACACCCAAAGCAUACGGCCCGGAUACAACUUUCUAACGCGACACCACUGCCAGCAUGGACGCGCUCAUUCCAUGCAUCUGCGAGCUGGAGGGCGCUCGACCUCGCGUACCGGCUUCAUGAUCACAACGGGGAUGCGAAGGGAGAUCCGAUUGUGAUAAUUCACGGGCUAUUUGGCAGCAAGAGAAACAACCAGAGCGUCGCAAAUGCUUUCGCGCGCAUCCUCAGUCGGCCUGUAUACGCAAUCGACACCCGAAACCACGGCGAGUCCCCGCACGACACAACCCACAACUACACGGCGCUUGCCGACGACGUAGAAGCCUUCCUGAAAAAGCACGAUCUCAAGAAUGCGACGCUGAUAGGGCACUCUAUGGGCGCAAAAACAGUCAUGACAUUGGCACUCAGAAAUCCGGACUCUUGCGCGAAUAUCAUUCCCGUAGACAAUGCACCCGUCGACGCAGCCCUAUCAAGCGACUUCCCCAAGUAUGCCGAAGGCAUGAAGCGCGUCGAGCAAGCGAAGCCAAAGAGCCAGAAGGAAGCCGAUAAGAUCUUGGAGCCGUAUGCAAAAGAUCUACCGGUCCGCCAGUUCCUCCUCACGAAUCUCGGGAGGCCCGAACCAUCCGCUCCUCUCAAGUUCCGUAUCCCCAUACAGACACUAGCCAGGUCGCUCGAUGAUAUGGCCGACUUUCCCUUCACCAAUCCAGACGAGGUCCGUUUUAGCAAACGCGCGCUGUUCAUACGGGGCACGAAGAGUCCUUAUGUGAGCGAUGAGACCCUGCCGAUUAUUGGUCGCUUCUUUCCCAGGUUUGAGCUGGUGGAUAUUGACUCGGGUCAUUGGGUUAUUAGCGAGAAACCUGAGGAAUUCAUCAAGGCUGUUGUGAACUUUCUCCAAGAGAAGGAGUAG